UGAACGUUGAAACGAGGGGCGUUUGCAGGCAUUCAUCAGUGUAGGCUCCCCCAAAUGUUUCCAUAUUUUGACACUCUUUUUGAUAUCGUUUUUGAUAUGUGGAUUUAGUACAGAGUUUGUUGCUCCUUUACAAAUUGCGAGGUCAUUCGCGAAUCGCUAGUUUUGAUUCUGAAACAGCUGACAGAAAAUUAUUACUUUAUUAUCAGGGAAAUGACUUUCAGAUCGGUAAUCUCCAAUUUUAGACAAGGAUUUAUCAAAAAUAUUGCGACGCCCCUGUUCAGAGAGCCAUUUGUUCGUGAAUGGAACAACGAUUCAUCAGCUGGUCAUGAACACCACACCACGAUUGACUCUGGGAGUCGGCGCAACUCACUUAUUUCCAUUAUGUGACUCACCAGAGACCCUCUCAACGCCUUGGAGGGGAGAGUCUCUUCUCUUUAUAAAUUAUCUUCCUGUUUAUUCUCUAUUUGAUUAUGACACAGGCCGAUAUCCUUUUUGAGCUGGAGCACAGCUGCUUCACAAGCCGUCAGAGGAGAAUCUAUUAACUGCGGCCACAACGAUGGAAAUGUUAUUCUCAGUACUGUUGCCCUCUGAGUCUCCGGGGAUAGAGCAGUCAAAAGUACAUACCCCGAGUCUAAGAGGAAAAUGAGACUCGGUCUUCAUGCUGAUGAGGAGAGGAGCUCACAGGAAACACAUAAGAGGAUAUCAAAUCUCUCGCCAGCUCUCCUGGACCACACCGUUCCUCUCCGAGGCAAGCCUUUGUGAUGCACCACAGUGAUGAAGGAAGCUGAAGAACAAUCAGAGAUGCUCAGCAGCGGGUUCACAGUGAUGGUGCUAUAGCCUGCUCAGCCAAUCACACUCUGGUAUGUAAAUGAGACAGGAGAGCAUGUCUGCUGAUUGGUCCUCCCCAGACUUGCCAUUGCCCUCAUCAACAGGCUCUCUUCCUUGUUGUUGUUGUGCCAUCACUGAGGUCCUGUGUGUGGGGGCACAGGGAGGAGCCGAGCGCUUCUUUCUAUAUGCGGCUUCACAGCGAGGGGAGUCGAGGAGGAAGAGGCUGAGAGGAAGAGAAGAGCGAGUGGGCGGGAUCUAGACCCAGGCUGGAGUAGAGCAUCCCUGACCGCGGCUCGGCUAACGGCUAGAGAAGCGUCUCCAGACUGAUGCUGAGUCAGGUACAGGUGGAGUCACAUCCUGCUUGGCUUGGACCCUCCAGAAAUAAUGGAGGAGCUGGAACAUACCUGUCCACUGCCACGAACGACUCUUAUAGAGCCAGCCAUAUUUACCCCGGAGACUAGUUGUGAGUGUCGGGCUCCACACGAGAAGCUAACGGUAGAGCAAGCUCGACUCGGAACGCCUGUGGACAGGCCGGUGCGAAUCUAUGCAGAUGGCAUCUUCGAUCUUUUUCAUUCUGGUCAUGCUCGCGCCCUGAUGCAGGCUAAGAAUCUGUUCCCUAACGCCUACCUUAUAGUUGGAGUAUGCAGUGAUGAACUCACUCACAAGUACAAGGGCUUCACUGUAAUGACAGAAGAAGAGCGGUACGAGGCAUUGAGACACUGCCGCUACGUUGAUGAGGUUUUACGCGAUGCACCCUGGACUCUGACCCAGAAGUUUUUAGAAAAACACAAGAUCGACUUUGUGGCGCAUGACGACAUCCCAUACUCCUCUGCUGGAUCUGAGGACGUGUACAAGCAUAUUAAGGAGGCAGGUAUGUUUGUGCCCACUAAAAGGACAGAAGGGAUCUCAACAUCUGACCUGAUCACCCGGAUAGUGAGAGACUAUGACGUGUACGCUAGACGCAACUUGCAGAGGGGCUACACCGCUAAAGAACUGAACGUCAGUUAUAUUAAUGAAAAGAAGUACCGUUUGCAGAAUCAGGUGGACAGGAUGAAAGAGAAGGUGCGGACGGUAGAGGAGAAGUCCAAGCAUUUUGUGUAUAGAGUGGAAGAGAAGAGCCAUGAUCUUAUCCAGAAGUGGGAGGAGAAAUCACGAGAGUUCAUUGGGAACUUCCUGGAGCUCUUUGGUCCGGAUGGGACAUGGAAGCAAAUGUUUCAGGAACGUAGUGGACGUAUGAUCCAGGCGUUGUCUCCACGCGGCUCACCCAGCAGCAGCCCACCAAGGGAAUUUUCCCCAUCCCGCUCUCCGUCACCUCCAUCCCGCUGGGCCAUGCCCCGAACCUCACCGCCCUCAUCCCCGAAGGGCGCCUCGGCCUCCAUCAGCAGCAUGAGCGAAGGCGACGAGGACGAGAAAUGAGGAAUAAACCAUCACACAGAUAAUAGACUGCACUUUACCCACAAACACACACAUUAGCAGCGAUGACAGGUCAACUACCCUCAUGGGAAAAUUUAAAGUACUGUACACAGCACAGGGUUGUUGAAGUCCUGUUUAGUUAUGCUGGUAUUACAGCAAAUAUUUGAAAGCCAUCGCAGCCCUGAACAGAUCCUGAGAGGAGGGGGUAUUCACUGAAUCAAAUGCGGCCACUGUUAGUGACUUUUCUUUGCACAUACUAUUUGUUGUUUUAGCACCCAAAUCAAUAAAAAAAAAAGAACAUCAACAGGAAUGAGCAAUAUCGGUAUUAUAAUGGUUAUUGGCCGAUAUAUUUAAGUGUUCACGCUUGGUUUCCUGUAUACAUUUACAUUUAGAAUACUUUUGUCAUCAUCUUUAAACCCACUUUUAAUUUAAUAACAAUGUUUUUUUACCAAAUUCUAAAAUAUUCAUAAUGUACAUUAUAAUUUUGUGAUUAUUUUUAAUACUUAAUUUUAAUAUCUGACAUUUAUCAGUUAUCGGCCGUAACAAGAAAAAAAUAUUGUCUUAUUUUAAUAUUGGUGCAACCCCACAAAAGUGGCCAAUAAAAAGUGUGGUUAGUGAAAUAGACAAUUAAUUUUUUGCACUGAUAUAUUGUGGACAAAAGUGGUGCAACUUUAGUGAAUUCGCCCUGAAGUUUUAAGAGGAUGAGGACUGAUUCUGAAGUCUAUUGCUCAGGUCUGACUGGAACAUUGGGACUGUCCUACUGUAACAUACUGUAUGUACAUCAAUCCCUGUUUAUUGUUCUCAAAAAAAUGAUGUCUGAUCCACCUCAUGAAUGUGUAUCAGCGCACACGAGGAGGCUGCUAGCAUUCACUGAGCUGUCUGUGCAUGAAUGUGUUUAGUUCUCAUUAAUAGUCAUUAUUCUGUGUGUUACUGCAACCUUAACCUCAAAAUAGAGCAAUUUCUUUGCAAAUAUAUGACACAAUCAAGAAAUGUCAAAUCAAAUGUCUUGAGAAUAAUACAUCCAAAAGGUCUAGUGGCUUUUAGAUAAAUGGUAAUAAAAUGAACUCAGACUAAAAAUUAAGCAAAUUAGGGGAUAUCACAUUUAAAGAGUAGUUCACCCAAAAAUAAAAAUAAAAACAUUGCUGAAAAUUCACUCACCCUCAGGCCAUUCAGGAUGUAGGUGAACUUGCUUCCUCAGAUUUUAAGAAAUUUAGCAUUACAUUACUUGCUCACCAAUGAAUGCUCUGCAGUGAAUGGGUGCCGUCAGAAUGAGAGUUCGGACAGCUGAUAAACAUGUAGCUUUUUGCUUCACAAGGCAUUAAUUGAUGGACUGGAGUCGUGUGGAUUAUUAUGAUGUUUUUUAUCAGCUGUUUGGACUCUCAUUCUGACGGCACCCAUUCACUGCAGAGGAUCCAUUGGUGAGCAAGUGAUGUAAUGCUAAAUUUCUCCAAAUCUUUUGCAAUAAAGAAACAAACUCAUCUACAUCUAUGAUGGUCUGCAGGUCAGAAAAUGUUCAGCAAAGUUUCAUUUUGGGGUGAACUAUUCUUUGCUGCUCAAUCCACCAGCCCUACAUCAUGUAAUGUCCUCCUGUCUUGUCUAGGUAUGUCAGUAAAUGUAUGCCAGAGCCACUUCAGUUUACAUAAUCUGCACUCUUGUAAAAAUGGUCUUUUUGUUUGUAUAUUGUUUUCUUUUACAUUAAAACUUGCUUAAAAUGUAAAUAAUAAACUGAGAAACAGAACAAUUGUCAGCUCCAAGAUUCAUUACAAAUUCAUGAACACAUUGAUGGUAGUACUGGAAGAUCUCUUUAUUGUUCUUCUUUUAUAGGUACUUCUGAUGGAAUGUCUAGAUCAAUAUUGUCAUUGUGAUGAUUUGUGUGUCAUCAGCCUUUAUCUAUAAGCAGUGGUGUUUAACUUAUCAUAACAAAAAGAAAAAAAGUCCAAAACACUAAUAGUCUCACAAAAAUGCCCAUUUUGCAGAAACAAGAUGGUUGCAUGACAACACUAAAAUAUCAGGUAAGAGUUUUCACUGUAGGUAAACAGAUUCUCCUAAUGUGUUGAACAUUAACACACCGUAUGCAUGCAAAAACGAGAGUAUACUGGCAAAAUCAACGAUUAUUUGAGCUUGAUGACGACACACAAGUCCAUGAAGGCUUGUUUUCACAGGAAAAUGCUUGCAUACUUCAGUCUGCUCUUUUGAACGCUUGGAGUUCAAGGCAUCAAAGUGCAUUCUUCAUUGACUUAAUUGAACAUAAAAACUAACAAACCAUAUAACAAAUAUUUUUAAAUAAAUACUGAAAUCUACACUUCAAUAACAUGAGAAACCGUAAGGUACUAUAUGUCGUCAAAAAUGUUACCUUGAGGUCUCACAAGACCCCCAAACACAAUACAAACCAGCAUUAAGACAGAUGUAGAUGGUUUUGAAUGGUUUCUAUGGAAAGAUUCUAACAUGUGGAACAGUAACAGCUGAUAAAUAUACAAUCAGUCUGUAUAAAAAAAACAGCAUGUCUGCAGAGUUUAUAUGGAUGAACCUCACGAACAUAAAAAUGUAUAAGAUCAUAUUUUAGCAUCUCAAACCAAAUUUUUGUUUUUAUUUUACAUAAAAAAAUUAAACCUAUUUUUGCACCAUUAAGAUUUUUUUAAACUGACAUUACGAGAAUUAAAUACAUUUUAUUCCUCAAUUUUUAGUACUGUGAAAAAUCGUUCUAAAUAUUGUUCUUCUUAUACAGAAUAAAAAAACAAAACAAAUAUUAUAUAUAUAUUGUAUGUAUAUAAGACAUGUUCUUGACAGGUUUCAUGAGAUUCACCCUGGAGUGUUGCAGUAAAAACACUUAACAAAUGUUCAUUUUAUGGAAUUUCAAAAAGCAAAAAUUCAAAUAAUAUACUUGUGCGCACAAAUCACUGAGUGAUAAAUGACAUGGUGUUUUUUUGUUUUAAAUAGGACACAGACAAACUACGGUAACUAGCCUGGGCAAAGUUAAGCAUCGCUCCUUUAAACCAGACGAGCUGUCCAGUAUUUCAUCUAACAACCCCUCUUCUUAGAAUCAUUCCACUCAGACAGUCCCAAACCGUAUCUGUGUUAGGAAUUAUUUUAAGAAGAGGUCCUCUGGAAAAUAUUAACUCCAUCAAAAGGAAUGUCUGAGAAGUAGUGGUAUAAUAAUAAUACAAAUAAAUAUUAAGCUAAAACUCAAAAGUCAGCCAAGUUGCUCCUAUGAGUUUAUAUCUAUCAAACUAUGCAUUUUCUCUCGAUCAAAUGUUGCUGAAAUCUAAACAUCUAAACUUUCUGUUUCAACAAAUUCUGCAAGCAAAUAUCUUUCUAUCAACUCUGUCACCAUGCAGGGGCUAUAAUGUUAGAAAAGCAGUAUCUACUUUUUAAGAUGAAAAAAAAGAAAGAAAGAAUAAUUAAUGACUAUAGCAUUAAUGCUACAAUAGGCUAUAGUUGUGCAUUCUUCUUCAAAGUUUACCACCGUCUCUCUUCAUUUACAUUAGCAGGAAGUUCAGUAUAAGUGGAUGUAGGUAAUGUACUGCUGCUACUCACACUGAGCCCAGCUCAGAAUCAGCACAGCCCUACACAAAUGCACAACUUGAGGGAAACUUAAAAUAAAUGGGGGUCAAAAUAAAUAAAUAAAUAUUUGAAACUACAUUUGUUUAAAAGUGUAUUCGAUCUGUUUAAAAGUGCAUUCCACCAUGCUUGGAAAUAUUAGUUUAUCAGUAUGCUCCUCUGCUCCCAAAAAACAUUUGGGUGCACCUAUCUGCUCACAUUUCACCCAAAACAUUAAAAGAAAAAUAAGAACAAUUUUGCAUUAGGAAAAUUAUUUUAGGACCACUGAAAUUGUUUGCAUUAUGACAUUUUCAUGAGAAUCCCCCCUCAAAUUCUCAUUACUGUAAUGCAGUAAUGAAAAUAAUCUUGUCUGGACAGUUUUUUCCCAAUUAAAAUCAGUAUAAAUUAAACUCACAAAUAUGUAAAUACCUUAAAUAAAAUAUUAAAUAUUAAUAUUUAUGAUAUAUAUUAUUGUGUGUAUAUAAACCAUUUUAAUAAUGCAAUAAAAUAAUUAAAAUGAUUUUAUAAUUCAAAAUAAUACAUAUUACUAUUAUAUACGUUAUAUAACUUAAAUUACUUUAAUAAUUUGUUAUAUUAUAAAUGUAACUACAAAGUUUCAUUUUCUUUAUGCAAAAUAUAAUUUCAUAUUUUUCUUUUGAGUUCAGGGUGAAAAAUAACCUUGACAUGUUCUUGAGACCAAAUUAUUUUCAUUUCUUCACAGCCUUUUUCAAAUUAUUUCUCCAUUAGUCCACUGCCAAGAAAAGAGUCGUCGUAGCCACAGAAACUGUGGAUAAACCCUCUCUCUAGUGCUUGUGAAUCUCAGUAAAAGAAGUGCUCUUUGUUUUGACCUUCUCAAACUCCAGGCGUCCUUCUCUGGCUGUUUUCGAAAAUGAAACAGGGAGGCUACUGUGUGGCACAAUUAAAAAAAGAAACAAA